AUGGACGCAGCAGACGCUGGAGGAGACGGCGGCGUUCCUCACCUGGUAUUUCUUCCCACGCCAGGUAUGGGUCACCUCAUCCCCUUAGCCGAGUUCGCGAAGCGCCUGGUUCUCCAUCACCGGAUCACGGCCACCUUCAUCACCGGCGACGUCUUCUCCAAGUCCCAGAUGGCCCUUCUCGACCGCCUCCCCAGGGGGAUCGAAAACGUGGUUCUCCCCGAUGUGAGCCUGGACGAUAUCCCCUCCAAUGCCAAGGCCGAGACCGUGAUCUCCGUCUGCGCAGUCCGCGCCCUCCCCGCCGUCCGCGGUGUCCUCGGAGAGCUCAAGAAGACCACAAACCUGGUCGCCCUCGUCAGCGAUCUCUUCGGAGGCUUUGCUCUCGAAGUCGCCCGAGAAUUUGGUAUCCGGCCGUACAUCUUCUUCACAACCACCGGCAUGUCGCUCUCUCUCUUCCUGCGGCUACCUGAGCUUGAUGCUCAGACCAGCGGCGAGUACAGGGAUCUCCCGGAUCUCAUAAGGCUGCCUGGAUGCAUCCCUCUCCACGGAAGUGAUCUCCUGAACCCCAUCCAGGACAGGAAGAAUGAGGCCUACACCUGGCUCCUGAGGCAAAGCAGCCGGUAUCGGCUGGCCGCCGGAAUAUUCCUCAACAGCUUCGAGGGCCUGGAAGGAGGGGCCAUUAGGGCCCUCACGGCGGAUCCCGGAAAUCCCACGAUCUACCCUGUCGGCCCGAUCGUGCGGAACGGAGGUGAGGAAUCGGAUAGAGACUCAUCCGGCUGCGUGGCGUGGCUUGACGAGCAGCCGCGCGGAUCGGUGCUGUUCGUGUCCUUCGGCAGCGGGGGGACCCUGCCGCUGGAGCAGCUGACGGAGCUGGCGCUGGGGCUGGAGGCGAGCGGGGAGCGGUUCCUCUGGGUUGUGCGCAGUCCCCGCGAGAAAAGGGCAGACUCCGCCUUCUUCAGCGUCCACAGCUCGAACGACCCGUUCGCCUUCUUGCCCGAGGGUUUCGUCGAGAGGACCAAGAGGUUGGGACUGGUGGUGUCGUCGUGGGCGCCGCAGGUGAAGAUCCUCCGGCACGAGUCCACGGGCGGGUUCCUCACGCACUGCGGCUGGAACUCAUCGCUGGAGAGCGUCGUCCACGGCGUGCCGAUGAUCGCGUGGCCCCUCUACGCCGAGCAGAAGAUGAACGCCGUCCUGCUGGUGGAGGAUGUGAAGGUGGCGCUGCGGCCGCGCGCUGGAGAGGACGGCAUCGUGGGAAGGGGGGAGGUGGCGCAAGUAGUGAAGAGCCUGAUGGAGGGGGAAGACGGGAAGCGGCUGCGCGAGCGGCUGCGCGAGGUCCAGGAAGAGGGCGCGAGGGGCCUAACAGAGGGAGGGGCAUCGUACAGGGCUAUUGCCGCGGCGGCCGACGAGUGGAAGAGGGCCUGCUCCCCCGCACCGUAG